AUGAGUACGUUGAAGCAAAAAAUUCGAAAUGUGUUCUCCUGGCAGCACGACGAUUACAAUUUUGAGCUACCACCAACGGACGAUACGGCGGCACAACCCUCCACCACUGCCGAUGCGAAAAUCGAAAAUAAGAGCAAUAAGUUUUUGAAAGGAUCUGCGGUGAAAUCGACGUCUGUCGCGCCGAAGGUAGUCAGUAACCGAACAUCGAAAAUCAACAAGAAACGACUGAAUCACAUCAAUAUUGCCCGCAAUUCAUCGAUAACGUCGGCACAACUGAACGCAGCGGUGCCACUCGUGAACAUACGACGCGCACCCUCGGAUAGGUCGGUGUUAUCGGAAUUCGACCGCCAACCCAUAGUUUCGAAAUCAAACCAGCGUCCGUUGGCUAGGCCGAUAACGCUAGCCAUCCCGUCUUCCUCCGUCUCUGGGAUUUCCUCGACAACAAAAACAUCCAGUCGUGGGAGCUCAAUUGCCCCACCGUCACUGACGAGUGGCUCGGAUCGCGGAACAAUCAUUAUACGCAGAGCACCCCCUGCUCCCGUGGGCAAUCCCAACGAUCGGUCGCUUUUACGUUCCGCAAAGAGUCAACCGAGGCCGCACGGCACUACUGACGAAAGAGCAUCAAUUAAAAGGAAACCUCUUCUGAGUGGAUUUGGCAGGCAGAGAGGCCAAGGACCGUCGGGCCCAAAACACUCCCAGACACAACAACCGUCGUCGGCUGCGGCUGGCAGCAACGGCGGGGCCGGGCCGCCACCGAUCGCGACCGCUGGCGGUCAUGUAGUAGGUGGCAGCACCGGAAGCGGUGGUGGUCUGUCCGCAAACGGCGGUGGAGGCGGUCUGCUCAAGAGUGCCGCAUCGGUCUCGAGCCUGGAGUAUACGGUCGUCUCGAAACCGUCGCAGCCGCAGUCCCGCGGACACCAGCAUCAGAGGAUCAACGGUUCGAAGGAACGGCUGGACAACGCUACCCACCAUCACCAUCAUCACGGUCACCAGCUGCAGCAGCAGCAUCAGCACAGCCGAUCGACAUCGGCACACAUGGCGCAAAUGGCGCAGCAGCAGCAGCAUCAUCACCCAUCGGCCGCGACCGGAGGUGGUGGUGCACCCGGGGCAUCGUCGAUGAACCAUCUGAACAAAUUUCUCGCGGCCGGCGAUGGACCGAACGAGCGGGCCGUCGAAGCCGGAAGUGGUCUGAGCUCGAGCAUGGAGCAACUGACCACCAUCAGCUUCAUGGGACCGGAGCGAGCGGCCCAGAAGGCGUCACUGCACCAGCACCACCGCAAGCAACCGUCGCCUAAUCGGUUGGCUGAGCUGCAAGUGCAUCUGGAGAAGCUGCAAACCGAAAACCGCCAGCUGGAGGAGAAGAUGCACGCGAUGGCCGGCGGCCAGGAGGAGCUGUUGAUGUUGCGCGACGAAAUCACACGACUGAAGACGUCACACGAGCAGAGCAAUGGCGAGCUGCACCGUUUGCUGAACGAGAACGAAUCGCUCCGGGACCGGCUGAAAACGGUGGUGCAGUCACCGUUGUCCGACUCGGAAAAGCAGCAGCUCAUCCGCAAUACGCAGCGGUUGCACAGUUCCGCGCCGGCCUCGAUCGCACUGCCGAACAACAUGGAACCGGAAGGAGGGACACCGUGCGUUACGCCCGAUUGGGACAAGCAGUCAUCGAGCAGCGAAGUAGCUGUGGCGUGUUUGCAGGACAAAAUCAUUCAGAUGGAAGAAACGCAUUACUCUACCAACGAAGAACUCCAGGCAACACUCCAGGAACUGGCCGACCUACAGUCGCAGAUUCUCGAACUGCAGACGGACAACGAGCGGUUGGUAGAGGAGAAGGACGUCAUUUUCCAGUCGCUCUGCCGGCAGACGGAGAAAUUGGAAGACUCUCGCACGCAAAUCGGUACACUGCAGAACCUUUUGCUCCGCGAGCCCAACCAACAGGACGUUACUCCGACCGAUCGCGAGCAGAAGUUGGUCGAUUUGCUGAAAAGUGCCCAGGACGAACGGGAGGGUUUGUUGUUGAAGCAGGAGGAGCUAAACGGGGAGCUCAACGAGCUGAAAGGAGUGCUGGAGGAGCGCACCAACGACGAGUCUCGGGCAAAGGCCCGCGUUAGUCUGCUCGAAUCGUCGCUCGAGGCCGCCAACGCUGAGAGGAAGGACGUUAACACGCAGCUACUAGAAUCGAAGGAGGAUGCUUCGGUCAAGAUGAUUGAGAUUAGCCGAUUGACGACGCUGCUGGAAAAUGCGAGGGCCAAAAUCGAUGAGCUCGAGCUGGACCGCGCCAUGGGCGAUAAGACGGACCUAGAGGAACUGCUCGAUGUCGCGCGGAAGGAAAAGGAUCAGCUCGAAACACAGGUGGCCUCGCUGCAGGAGCAGGUUUUGAUCAGCCAGUGCGAGACUCAGAAACUGAAGGACCAGCUAGCGCAGCUCAACGAAGAGUGCAAGGUGGUGCGAAACAACGCCAAAUGUGUCAUCUCGGACCUGGAGUACAAGAACGAAACCGCGACGCAAGAAAAGCAGAAGCUGGUGUCGGACUACCAACUGCUGCAGGAGUCGGUCAAUGAACUGCAGGUUCAAAAUAAAUGUCUUCUGGAGGACAAAGCCCAGCUCGAGACGCUGCUGUCGGAAAUGCAAAAACAUCUCGGUGAAACCGAGCGCAAACUGAUGGAAAAGACUGAGGAACUAAACCAAGAAACUAGACUUAGGAAGCAGGAGUCGGACGAGUGGAUCCACUUCCAGUCGGACCUAUUGAUGACGGUACGGGUGGCAAACGAUUUCAAGACUGAAGCACAAAAUGCGCGCGAAAAGCUGGCGCUCGACAACAAGGGUCUGCGCGAGAAGGUUCGCGUGCUCGAGCAGCAAAUCGAACAACUUAACAAACAAUCGUUAGAUGGUAAAGGUAUUGCGGACGAUAUGCUGUUAAGCUACGAACGAUUGAACGUCCUCAAGCAGGAUCUUAGUGCUUCGGUGGAAAAUUUGAAUCAUUUCGAUCGAAAUGUGGAUGAAUUUUCCUACCGUGUCAAUCUGCUGCGCAAACAGAUGAGUGGCUUUUCACUCGACCACCGUAAACCGUCUGCCACGAAAAGUCAGCCAAGUGGUGAAUGCGAAUCGUCGCAGGAUACAGAUUCCGAGCUACCUCCACCGCUACCCAAAACAAAGCCACCGAAACUGGUGGUCCGUUUUGCCGACGUGCAACAACGAGAUGGUAGCGAGACAUCGGAAACUAUCGAAACUAGUGCCUCAGAUGUAGACGAUUUCGAGUUGCUAGAGGCCGAAGAUACCGUCAAACGCAACUUAACACCUUACGGUGAGCUACAGAUCCCGGACAGCCCGUCGUCAGUGGACAGUUCUGCGGGUGAGACAAACGGCGUUGAUACACUGCUGGUGGCGGACAAUCAGGUGGGCAGUUAUGAACUAGAGACUCCCGAAUUUCGCCCGAUAGCUGCAUCUCGUAGCACCGAGAAUCUGGUCCAAAGUUCUUUCGCCCUUUUCAAACCAGUUCCACGGUUUGCUUCCAAAAGUACGCAGGAUUUGCGUACUAAUCGAGGCGAUGCGAUGCGCUACCGGCAGCAGAGACCACUUCCCCGCGGCGCUCUGGGUAAUGAAGAUUUCGGUUCGGGAUUGUUCUACUCGAAAAGUACCGACGAUCUUAUCCUUCGCAAUAUCGACGGUAUGACAAACAGAGGCGCAUCGAAUUUAAGUAAAUUUCGUAAAUUUCGCUACGAACGCUCCAUUAGUGGUUCGAGCCUGAAUAGUCUUACGAACCUGGAACACCGGGACUCGUCCCAAUCGCAUCCUACGGAAAGCAAACGGAUGCACAGUUUCGAUCUACUGCCAUCGAGUGCCAACAGUUUGGUGGCUGAAGAUUUGCCGAAGCAAGAAGCAGUGUCCGUGACUCCUGAUAGAUCGUUGCAUGAGCAGAUGGUCUCGAAAGACAAAAGUUCCGACUUUUUGACACCGACAGUAGAGUUUCGUAAACCACACCCGCUCCCGAGGACGGAUAGCGAGCAAAAUGUGGCCGGCGGAAGUAAACCGAAAACGAUUGUGUAUGUUCUCGACUCCGACACCGAUCAGUUUGUGUUGGAGGAAGAACUGAGGGAACGCACAAUUAAAACACCGCCUCGGAGCGAUCCGAAACCGAACCGAGCGCCGCAAGCUCCGAAACCACCUGUGACACCGAGCACCAAAUUUGUGCUAAAUCGAAGCUCAGCGGAAAAAUCGACAGCGAGCGGUUAUUUGCAUGCGAACCAUUCAAAAGAAAAAAAGCAUAAUUUUAUGUACGAUGAGAUGCUGACAACGAAGGAAUCGCAGAACUCUCUCAUUACCUCCGUACAGCAAGAAAUGGCCGUGCGGCGGCAGCAAAAGACCGCGAUACAGCGGCAAGAUUCGAGGCUAUCGGUAAAGAGUCUAAUCGAAAGUAUUGAGAAUUCAGCAAAACAGACCAAACUCAGCACCGAUUCGCGGUGCAGUUCCAGCUCGAGUAUAAACAGCAUUCCUGCCGAUGCAAAUCCUACACUUUCCAGCAAACAUUCCUCGAUCAGCAACAGUAGUAUUAACAAUAAUGACAGCAGCAGUACCGGGGGUACCAAUAACGGGAAAACUCAUGUCAAUGGCAAUAACAAUAAUGACGAAAACAAUGUUAUUCAAAUACCGGUGCAACCGGCUGCAGCAGUGCACUCUGCGUUGCCCGCCAAGAGUCCUCUCCGCGAGCAGCAGCAACCGACUGCCGGGGGCAAUGUGAACAGCAACACCAAACCAAACGCUUCGGCAGACACAGUGUUAUUGAUGAAAAAGUCCAGUCUCAUCAACAACAACAAUGGUUGCAAUACAACAAUAAACCCUGCCAUUAUUUCUCACAAAACAAUGGACUAUGUGCGACGAAAUAGCUACAACGACAUAAGUGAACGAAAAGAUCCUCUAAACGCAUUGGUUAAGAAUGGUGGCUCGAAACGCAAUGCCCUGCUGAAGUGGUGCCAGAACAAAGCCGUAGGCUAUCGAAAUAUUGACAUCACAAACUUUAGCUCAUCAUGGAACGAUGGAUUGGCACUGUGCGCCAUAAUGCAUUCCUAUUUGCCUGAUCGUGUCCCGUACGAUAAACUGAACCAGAACGAUAAACGACGCAAUUUUAGUCUAGCCUUCGCAGCGGCUGAGAGUGUUGGCAUCCCGACAUCUUUGAACAUUGACGAGAUGUGUCUUCAGGAAAGACCGGACUGGCAGCAAGUUAUGAGCUACGUAACGGCAAUUUAUAGACAUUUCGAAACCUAGGGCCACACCGUAAAAAAGCAUUCCAUGUAUAUUUUUACCACAUCUUACCGCAAAGGCCUUGCAGCUUGCCUCCACAUUUGCUGCUAUUGCUGUCUUCGUUGCUGCAGCUAACGGGCGAUGUAUUCUGGUUCGCUCUAUUCUUUUAUUUGUUAUUUAUUUUUAUUGAAACAAACUCUUCUGGAUUGCUUCCCGAUUUGAAACAAAACUAUCGAUGUUGUUGAAAUAUAAAUGAACAAACAAUACGAA